AUGUCUGCUACUCCCUCCUCCUUUUCCAACUCUCCAGCAGUCACUCUCAAUCAAGGGGGUGUCAUUCAGCCCUCUCAAUUGAUCUCUUUCAACCCUGCGUCUCAGCUAUCCUUCAAGCUAACAGAAAGUGUGAAUUAUCCAACUUGGGAAUCCCAAGUUACUACUCUAUUGUUUUGCUACGAACUUCUUACUUUUGUUGAUGGUUCACUUCUCAUCCCAACUAUGCAUAUUAUGGACAAAGACAAUACCCGAAUUCCUAACCCCAACUUGAGAUUGUGGCAGCGACAAAACAGUCUUAUUCGCAAUGACAUUAUGGCAUCCGUUGAUGCUACAAUCGCCCCCCUUAUUGCCCAUGCUUCCACUGUCAAAGAAGCUUGGGAUAUUUGUAACGACCUGUUUAGUCGUUUUGAUCAGCAGAUUUUAUUCCUGGGAAAACUUUUGUGCGAUACUCUGGCCUAUGUCAAACGAGACACACGCUCAAUCAGUGAUUAUACGAGAGAAAUCAAGUCCAUUGCAGAUGAUUUAGCCUGCAGUGGUUCACCCGUUAACAAUGAGGAACUUGUCAUUAAGGUCUUGAGUGGUCUAGGUCCAGAGUACAAGGAGUUAUCUUCAGAAAUAAAAGCUCGUGAUAAUCCUAUCACAUUCGAAGAACUCUUUGAUAAACUCCUUGCACAAGAGAUGUUCAUCAAACACUCAGAAUCAAAGGUCAACAAACCCAUGAUCACUGCUCAAUUUCAUCAGCAUUCCACCAAUAAUGGAUCCAAAAAUCGACAGCCUAACUCUUCUAAUUGUAGGAACACUUCUCCAUCAGGUUCCUACAACUCUUAUAAUCAAUUUUCUACCCCGUAUAACAAUUAA